AUGUUGCCAUGCGUGGAGCUCGAGACCUUCACUCUCGUGGUGCAGGAGAUCGCGCGGGACCCGUCGACGCUCACGCCCAGGCUGCUGCAGGAGCUGCCCAAGCAGCAGGCGCUGCCGGUGCAGGCGGAAAUCCUCAAGUUCAGCAACUAUUAUCAGGUCUUAGAGGUGGACGAGGACUACUUCCCCGACCAGGAGAGCUUCGUGCAGGACCGCGGCGCGUCCAAGAAGGCCAAGGCCGAGCGCAGACGCCUGUUCGACGAGGCCUUCGCCCAGGACCUGCAGAUGGAGGUGGUGUGCUACUUCAUGGAGCUGGAGGGGCUCGUGCAGGGCGUGUUUAACGUCCACGAGCAGGUCAAGAAGCAGCAGAAGUCCAUGAUGGAGGCCACGGUCGUGAGCACGCUGGCGCUGAUGUUGGCCAAGGAGCUAACGGCCAAGCUGCAGCUACGCUAUCCGGCGCUCGAGCUGGCUCAAGACCUGGUGGGGGUGCUGGUCUGCUACCCGUCGGCCAGUCUGGCCAGUGACAUCACAGAGGCGGUGGCUAAGGUUCGGCAGGCUUUCGAUGAAGAAGGGACGUUCAAGUUCGUGCCGGGCACGCUGCUCCACGACUUCACCAACGUCUGGACCACGUUGACGACCUUCUCGUCCAUCUUCCCGCCGAUCGACAAGGGAUCUCUCAUCAUUCUCCCGGAUGGAUACUUUGGCGAGAACUGUGGGGAAGAACGCACGCCGGAGUACGUGCGCGCGGACGUCAACCACUACGUGGUGCUGCUUGCACAGCAGCUGCCGCAUAUCUACAAUCUGAUCAUAUCCAAGCGGGAAUACAUGGGGCCUGGACUGGAUGGACAAAGUGGAUUGGUCGUGGACUUCAUGCUCUUGAUGGAGGAGUAUUUCGCGACCCGGAAGGUCACGAUCCCGCUGUCCGUUGCGGCGCUGCGAGGAGAUGCCGGCCUUAGCCGCAACAUGAGUCUAACGUUCAAGCACACCGAGGACUUGAUCAAAGGUUACAUUGUGUCACUUCGAACCAACAUCCUAGCUCGCGCCAACCCGCUGUUUGCAGGAUCUCAGAUGAUGUCAAACCACCUCGAGUUCUUGAUUGCAGGGUGUGGCCACUUUUCAUCGAGAUGCCGCGCGUUCUGCCACCUCUACAAUGCUUUUGGGCAGCAAGGGCACCUCGAGCGAAUCCCAUUUUUCGACGAUAUGUUGGACCUGUAUGACGAACUGAUUUUCUCUCGGUCGUCACGGUCGGCUGCGGUCCGCGGUUCGUACAAUCAGGUCUACCUACUCGCCACGCAACUUUCCGGAACUUCUAUCAACGCGAUGUAUGAAAGUGCUUCGUCUACGGGUGUGUAUGUUAGGGGGAAGAAGAACCGAGCUGAUCUGAAUAUAUUGUCCCUGACGUACCGGCUAAUGGACGACGACGACAUCUCGUUCUUGAAAGGAUACUCGUCAAAGACCAUGCUGGAAAAGGCCGCAGACAUCUGCACGAAAGAGAUGUUCGAGACGCGGAUUUUAUCUCGAGACUUACUGACACUCGACGAUGAUCUGGAAGACGUUUUCUCGGAUAUAUGCACGGCAUUGGGUCAGCAACAAGCUCGUAACUUGUACACGGCUAAUGCACAGCCAGAAAUGAAUCGUGAGGCGCGGGCUAAUCUUGCGCUGGACCACGCUGUGAUGAUCCCGCUAUUGGCUCUGGUGGAUGCUUUACAGCCUGAUGGGGCGCUGGAUUCGAGUUUAGUGCCAGCUGAACUUCGAUCGACUGUGGAAUUCGUCAUCGAUGGCGAAUAUGUUCGCCGACUGUGUAGGAUUGUUGCGGCCGUGAUCGAAGCCAGGUUUACAACUCCAGCUCAGAUGUGCGAACAGAGGUAUUUCACGUUUCCAGACUUCGCAAGCCAAGAGUACGGAUCGCUAUUGUUCAAAACCAAGACCAAGAAUGAACAGCGCGAAGAAGUUUUCGCUGAUUUGAUGGAGCUCAUGGAAUCCAACCGUGGACCACUUGACGGGGACGAUCUUGACCGUCUCAAGUCGGAGAUUAAGAAAGAUCCCGAGCUUUUGGGUAUGUUUUCGACAAACACCGGCGACUACCGAGAGUAUGACGAGUUGUGUACGCUACUCCACCAGGCAGCUGCUGGCCCCGCGCAUGACGCUAAACUGGUGGAAUGGAUGAUUCAGUUGGGGGAACUGUUUACGCAGCCCCUACACUACCGUAAUGCGCCGCGGCAAAGAGACCUCUCGUGUCCUCGAAGGCUUUUGCCGAAUACCAUGGCUGUUCACAGUGCUGCGAUCGCGGGGUAUCAAGAUAUUGCCCUGGUUAUUCUUGAAGCGGAUAACUUCGUGGACUUAAAUACGCGCACCUUUCACACGAAGGAAACCCUCGCACAUUUGGUUGUCAAGAACAACCACACGAGCUUGUACUAUUCUUUUCUGAUGAAUGGCGCUGAUCUUCGGAUCCAAGAUGGCAAAGGGCGACAUGUGUGCGAUCUUACAGCGGAUCCAGCUUGGGCACGUGAAAUUGCGGGAACCGCGGCCAAAAUGGAAGCGGAUGCUAAACGGGGUCGAGGUAGGCGAGACAACCCCACCACAUAUGAGCGUUACAUGAGGAAGCAUGCGGAACAACUGCGCAAGUCCGUGUUUGCUCAGUGGGACAAGGAGCGGAGUUGUGCACUGGAAAAUUUCGAGGACGACAUCUCCGUGGAGCCGACGAAGAAAAAGAAAGGCAAGAAAGGAGCCAAGGCGAAUCCCACUGGGCGUGACGAGGUUGCCUCAAGUCCACCGGCGAAUCCUGCGGUCGAUACCUCAGCAAUGUCGGACGUGAUCACUGCUUUGCUAGGAUCGCCAGGCUCAGCAUCCAAGAAAUCCAAAAGCUCGCCAAAGUCGACAGGGCGUGAUGCCAUCCUUGUCGAGUCAAUCCAGAAAACGAGCGCUGCAUUCGCUCAUCUGAGAGACCCCAGUAUUCCGGCGUCGGAAAAGCUGGAGGAUGUGAAGCGCGUUUGUAAAGUGAUUCGCAGACUGGACAACGCCAAUGAGGUACAGUCCGAUCCAACCAAGAUGGCCGGUACGGGUGUGCAGCUGAGGAUGGAUGUGUCGUUCGAAGCACUGCAAGUGAUCCACAUGAUCCAGAAGUUCUAUCGAGCUGACCACGGCUCCAAGAAUGACCCCGAGCUCGCACCUGUGCGAGAUCUUUGCGCCACAACGCUGGACUUCGUCACCUUUGUGGUUCGCACUGCAUGGAUCAGUAUUUCUGCCCACAGGGAACCACAAGCCAGCGAAGCCAUGGGCGCGCUGGAGAAGCGUUUGCUGAAGGUGCCAUUUGGCGAGCGAAACCCAGCCGAGUUUCGGAAGCUGGUGCAAAGUUACUCUAUGAACCGUGAUGGGAUGGGCUUUGGGAGUACUACAAGCCCUGAGACUUUUCGUCGCUUGGAAUGGUAUCUGCAUAAUGUUGUAGAGAACUCCGAGCUGCAGAUGACGUUGGACAAGAUGGUUGGACGGCCGUACUAUUUCAAGCUAGCGAUUGGCUCCCAGACGAGCGAUGCGGGCUCAAUCGCACCUGUAAUUGAUGCCGACACAGCGCUGAGAGAUGUGGUCGUCCUCGGAAAGUCUGACUGGUGCGUUGUGUAUGGUGGCACCAGCAAAAGUGACGUGGACCGAGUGCGCAAUUUGGUGCUCGAAGCAGCCGCUGGUGCCGGGAUCCAGUUCGAUGACCACAACUCGCAACUCUGUACCCCCGCGAUUCAUCUUCAACAGUUCCAAUUCUCAGAUGCGGGUGCUCUUCGGAAUGCACAAGCGGCAUAA